AUGGCUGCUCCCAGCAGGCGGGAGGUUCUGCGGCUGCUGUCCCAGCUCGGAGCCUUCAUCCUCACCCGCUUCGGCUUCUGGAACUGCUUCAGCAUGCUCAUGCUCUUCGCCGAGCGGGCCGACGUGAAGAGAAAGCCGGAUAUUCAGGUGCCGUAUUUGUACAUCGAUAUGGGAGCUGCGGUGCUGUGUGCCAGCUUCAUGUCGUUUGGAGUGAAGAGGAGAUGGUUCGCUCUCUGUGCAGCCAUCCAGCUGGCUUUCAGCACCUAUGUGUCCUACGUUGGUGGACACGUCCAUUAUGGAGACUGGUUGAAGGUCAGAAUGUACUCCAGAGCCAUGGCCGUCAUCGGAGGAUUCCUGGUGCUGGCCAGCGGGGCGGGGGAGGUGUACAGGCAGAAACCUCGCACGCGCUCACUGCAGUCCACCGGACAGGUCUUCUUAGGAAUCUACUUAAUCUGUUUGGUCUACUCCCUCCAGCACAGCCAGGAGGACCGGCUGGCCUACCUGGACCACAUCCCCGGGGGGGAGGUCACCGUCCAGCUGCUGGUGGUGGUCUUCGGGGUCCUGGCUCUGUCCUUCCUGUCCGGCUACUACGUGCAGUUAGCCUCUCAGAUUCUGGCCAUCAUCCUGCCACUGGUGAUCCUCUUCAUAGACGGGAACGUCGGGUACUGGCACCGCACCCGCCGCGUGGAGUUCUGGAACCAAAUGAAACUGAUCGGGCAGAACGUGGCCAUCUUCGGGACCGUGCUUAUCCUCGCCACAGACGGUUAAAGACCCAGACAGAGGACGCUUACUAAGUGAAGCUGGUGGGCGAAGCUAAACUCGAGGUGAUUGUGCUUAUGAAAAGUCAGAUGUACACAGUUUUCCCUCUUACACCAAACAUCAUCAGGCAGCCGAGACAUGUUUGGUGUCUGAAGUUUGCUUAUUUAGUUUUGCACUGAGGCUAAAAAAGGCUAAUCUGUCACCUGGCUGCACCUCGGACAACUUCUCUUUUAGAACCUUUAGUCUACGGUUACCUUUACUGGGCUGACAUUAGCCACUUAGGCUAGUUAGUUAAAACUCCUACGCAGCAUCAUUGGGAGCAGAAAACGAGCUGGAAUUUGGGGGCUUUCAUUUCGUGUUGUGUAAAGUCUUUUGAAUUGUUUCACACAUAUAUAUAUAUAUGUGUGAAAAUAAAAUUAGUUUUAACUGUAGUAGUUGUCCGCAGCCCCUCUUGGCCGAUUAAUGUAUGAGGGGAAAACUGUAAAUCUGAUUUUUUUUGUUGAACCAUUUCUUUAAAGCUGCACUAUGUAAGUUUUUUUUAGUUAAAAUUGAAAAAAGAAGCAUUACUGAAAUGAGGAGAAUAAAAACAGGCAAAAAUAUGGUGAGCAAGUCGCUCUGUAAAGCCUGAAAUAAGUCAGAGGUGUCGUGUCAGCAGUUUUACACACAAUUUACGUAUUAACGUCACGCACACAGACUCUAAAGAAGGUCCAGCUCGAUGUUUCGGCCUCAGAUGAUCUCAAAGUCAACAUCAUACUGAUGAAGA